UUGUCUUUUAUGCAGAAAUGACGGCAGAAUCUACAGUAAUUAUGACUCCUGGUCAAGUGAGUGUUGAGAAUGAUAGCGCAUGCCAACUUGCAAGAGACAUGAGGUUCAUGGAAGGAAUAUACAUGGAUAAUAAAGAAAAGAAUAAUUUUGUUGGAAAGUUUCGAAGAUUUUGGAAACAAAUAUGUUUGUGGUUUCUUGGAUUGCUGAAAUUUGCAGGUCCUGGUUGGUUGGUGUGCAUUGGUCUUAUUGAUGCAGGAAACUAUGAAGGAGAUAUUCAAGCAGGAGCAGGGUUUCAGUACAAACUUAUUUGGAUAAUCUGGUGGUCUGCUGUUGUAGAAGUAUUGGUUCAAAUAUUGAGUAUCAGACUUGGUCUCUAUUCACGAUUGGACUUGGCACAAUCAUGUCGCAAAAACUAUUCACGCUUUGUGAGUUACACUCUCUGGAUACUGAUGGAAGCUGCCAUGAUUGCCAAUGAUUUGACUCAAGUUAUCGGUUUUGCAACUGCAUGUGAGAUAUUGUUUCACUUGCCUCUCUAUGCAGGAGUAUUGUUGUCCUUUGUUACUGCAUUACUGGUACUUUCACUUCAGUAUUGGAGUGUCAGAUACUUGGAAUUAUGUGUAACUCUGAUCAUCUUAGCAAUGUGUGUCACAUUCUUUAUUCAAUGGUCAAUGGUGAAUACAAACGGUGUUGAAUUGAUGAGAGGAUGGAUUAUUCCUUCCAUCCCAAGUGACUCAUCUUUGGUGAUAUUAUCACAGAUAGGAAGUUGUAUUAUGCCACAGUCUAUAUUUCUCCAAUCUUCCAUGGUGCAAACAAGGAAAGUGGAAUCCACAAAGAAAGCUCUGCAUAGAGCAUAUGUUUAUAAUGUCAUUGAGUUCCUAAUUCCUAUGUUGCUGGUUUUUGUUGCAAAUUUGGCUGCAAUCUCCCUUGCCGCUGUCGGAUUCUAUAAUAAUAGUCAAAUAACAGUUUCCUAUUCCGAUGUUAGCUUGUCAAACACUUGUCAGUUACUUCGAACAGCCUAUCCUGAAAAUGGUGCUGGAUGCAUUCUGUUUGGUUUGUCAUUGUUGGCUUCCUCACAGAGUGCAGUGGUUUCUGGAACUUUUGCAGGUCAAAUUGUUAUCGAAGGGUUCUUCAAUAUAAGAAUGCCUCUAUGGCUGCGCAAUAUCGUGACAAGACUAGUUACAAUCAUUCCUGCUUUGAUGAUAGCCAUCUUGGCAGGAAAUCAGGGCUCAGGAUUGGCAUUAUUGAUAUCUUCUUCUAUUCUUUCUGCAACAGUUCCAUUUGCAAUCAUUCCACUUUUAAAAUUUACACAAUCUUCCAAAAUUAUGGGAACAUUUAGGAAUCCUAGAUACGUUUCUGUGCUAAUGUGGUGCAUAGCAAUUGGACUUGUCAUCAUCAAUGUGUAUUUGAUUGUUGGUGUUCAAGGAAACUACACAUUACAAAGUUCAUUAUCAGAUAUUUCGUUAGCAAGUAUCCUUGGAAUCAUUGCGACUAUAGUCGUUGGGAUUUGGUACGUAGCCUUUUUGAUAUUCUUGAUAUGGUAUCCAGUUGUCUUCGAGAGUACCGUUCAUCAAGUAACAAUAUAAAAAGUACUUUCGGAACAUGUCGAACGAAUUUCUGUCUGCAACAAUCUUUUCACUUUGCUAAGUCGAUUGAAUGCCAAGUAGAUGAAAAAUCAUUGUUGGCGCUAUGUUUGCUUUUUAU